AUCUCAGCCCUGCAUCUCGGCCGGGGAUAUCUGUCGGGAACAUCUGUCGGGCACCGUCCAGACACCAUCUCGGCAUCGCCCAAGCACCAUCCAAGCACCGUCCGGGCAUCAGCCGAUUCCGCCGCAGAGAUCUCCAUCGCCCAGAAUGUGGAAGCAACUCCUGACGCUGUUGCCUCUGGCCGCCGCCGCCGCUGCCCAGGGCCUCAAGCUCAACAUCCCGCCUCCUCAACCCGCCAGCUAUCCUCCUCUGGAUCAGACGCUGUUCAUCACCGGCCAGUACCUGCAGGAUCCUCUGGUUGUCGACGCCGUGAACUAUGUCAAGUCUGUGGUGCCCGACCAGCUCUGGAACUUGCCUGUCUCGAACUACAUCUUGUACAGCAAUGUGACUUACCGUGGCGAUCCCGUCGCCAACUGCUACUGGCCCGGCACCCUCUGCGUGCGCAAGACCGACACUGCCUACUACAAGGCCGAUGUCUGGACCUGCCCUGAUAACAACACUUGGGGAAUCUCUUUCGACGACGGACCCACCGUCGAUCCCGUCAACCACUACGACUCGGUGUCCAUCCGUGCCCAGCUCGACGCCAUGAACAUCAAGAGCACCUUCUUCAUUGUCGGCGUCAACGCCGCCAUCAACCCCUCGGUCCUGCUCGAUGAAUACAGGGCCGGCUACCAAAUCGGCGUUCACACCUGGACACACCACCCCCUGACGGCCCUGAGCAACGAGCAGAUCGUCGCCGAGAUCAAGUACACCGAGGCCAUCAUCUACAACGCCACGGGCCAGGUUCCCCGCUUCUUCCGCCCGCCCUACGGCGACAUUGAUGACCGCGUCCGUGCCAUCGUUGGUGCUCUCGGCUAUGUCAUCACCCUCUGGAAUGCCGACGACUUUGCCGCCGACCAGGCGACCCAGGACAGUGCCACCGGUGCCGCCGUCUUCAACAACUUUGUCAAGACCUGGUUCAACCCCAACCAGCACUCGGGCCUGAUCUCGCUCAGUCACGACAUUAACCCGUUCACCUCCUCCGUCGCCCUCAACAUUCUCAAGUGGGCCCAGGACAACAAGCUCCAGAGCACAUUCAAGAUUGUCCCCGUCGGAACCUGCGUUAACAUCCCCUGGUACCAGCUCAACUCGACUCUGCCCAACGGCCCUUCGUCUUCGGCGUCGCUCCCAAGCCCCUCGUCCUCUGCCCCUGCGCCUCCCCCAACCGCCGCCGCUCCUGCCCCCCUUCACAACGCUAACGGCGCUUCGACUCUCCGCUGGCAGGCCGCUGCUUUGGUGGUCGUUGCCCUUGUCACUAUGCUUGCCCUCUAGAGCGAUCCAUUCGGAUUCACCAACAUACACUCCCCCCCCCCACACUUUUCUUGGGCUGUAUCGUUUCCUGGUUUGCUACCUCGUAUCCGAUCUUCCCUUUGGUAUUUUAAUUGGUGUCAUACAAGCUCUACUUCACAUUCUAUUCGACUGUUCUAUCCGAUAAUUCACGCUGUCGGUAGUCGUGGUCCACAGUAAUGUGGUUGUCAACUCCUAUGAUGCCAGCCGCUUCUUCUUCUUCUUCUAUGUGUGUACACUGACGGACAUCUUUGGCGUGGCUCAUUUGCCCCCAGGGACAAUACAGUUUGUUCAGAAUGAAA